AUGGGACGUCCGGUACAAGAAACCUUCGACACCGAGCCAAAAAUAACGUUUGAUCCGUUUACGAGCCUCCAGAGUGUCGACCAUGUAUCUUCAAACCCAGUCGCAGGGGAGAGCAGAAUCCAGCUAUUUGAAAGUGAGCAAAUUACGGAGGAAAAAUCAUGGAGACCACACAUCCGUGAUAAGCUAGUGUUUAUUUGCAUUGUCAUUCUGGCGAUGAUGGAUGCUUUCGAUUCAACAGUUAUGAUAACUGUAUUACCAACACUAGCAAAUGAAUUCGAUCAACCAAUUCUCAAUAUCCUCUGGGUAAAUACGAUAUAUCUCCUUUCUAGCGCCACAAGUCAACUAUUCUUCACCAUGCUGUGCGAUGUCUUCAGCCAUGGCCCAAUCUGGAUAAUUGCUGUGUUAUGCACGACAAUCGGAACAGGAAUCUGCAGUGGCUCGAUGAGUCUUACUGAGAUUAUUGUCGGUCGUCUUUUACAAGGAAUUGGUGGAGGAGGUGCUCUCAGUCUAUGCUUUGUUAUGAUGGAAGAAUCAGCACCACAAUCGAUUCACUCAAGAUAUUCUUGCUAUAUCUUGUUGACCCGACUAAUUGGAUUUAUUCUGGGUCCUAUUGUCGGUGGUCUAUUCGUAAGUAAUACGAACUGGACAUGGGCGUUCUAUUUCAACUUCAUCUUUUGCGCUUUGGGUUUACUUGCGAUUCCUUUCGCUGUUGAUCUACGCACCUGCAAGGAUGCGCAGCUUCGGAAGUUGCGCGUACUGGAUUGGUCGGGCGCGAUGUUGGCCUCAGUUGGGUUGACAGGUAUACUUCUUGGAGUGAGCUGGGCUGGAGUCGCACAUCAGUUGUAUCAGUGGCAGACCUGGGCACCGAUUACACUUGGUAUUGUCGCUUUCCUGGCACUUGUCUUCUAUGAGUCACAAUGGGCACUUCAUCCUCAGUUUGGCGCCCGGGUGUUUCGAGACUUGUCGGCCACUAUGACCUAUAUCGGAUGUUUCUGUCAUGGUUUUGUGAUCUUUUGUCAGCUGCAGUUCUUUGUAUUCUACUUUAUGUGUACAAAAUACUUUUCUGCGACAUUGUCGGGUGUCACUCUUCUCGCGAUCACCGGAUUCGCAGUUGUACCCGCGGCGGUAGUUGGUAUACUACUCGCAAGAGAAUCACAAUGCUCCAAGUGGAUCAUCUCUGGAGGCUGGAUUUUGACAACUCUUGCAGCUGGCUGCUCGAUCCUUCUCAACCGCAUCACUCCGACCGUGGCGUGGGUGUUUCUUUUCCUGACUGCUGGGCUUGGACACGGACUUUUAUUAUCCAGCUAUAAUAUUCGUGUCCAUAGUAUUGCGAAGAAUGAUGAAGCGGCUCUCUCUACCAAGCCCAUUGUCAUGUCACUUUUCAUGAGAGCCUGGGGUAUGGCCUUCGCGGUUCCUAUUGGCGGAUUGAUAUUCCUGGCUCGCUUUGGUUAUGAGCUUCAAAAUAUUGGCCUGGAAUGGGAGCUGAUCAACACCGCAAGAGGAUAUUUGAUCCUGAUGGAGCAGGUUAUAAAGUCUGAUAGUGAAAGCGAGGUUAUCAAGGAUGCUUCGGCAUUGGCUCUGCAGGUUGUUUGGGAAGUCAUCGCAGGAGUCGCUGCUAUGGGCGGCAUUUCCUCAUUAUUCUUGUGGAGGGAGAAUUGA